UUUAAAAUAAAACAACGGUAAUAACAUCACAAUGAUUGUUGUAAUGGUUUCAGCUGUCUUCUGUCACACCAUAAAUAUGUACGAGCAUACGCAAUGCAUUUUCUGGAACAUCCACCAAGUCGCCCCGUAUUGCUUUUUCUGCAUUGGACUUUCAACAAACAUCUUGUAGGCGUUUCUUCUGGUUCGGAUGGCGCUUCGUCACCUGGCAUCCCCUUCGGUCCUCUCCCCUCUGCUUUGCUCUCGAAGACCUUGCGUCAUCUCCGCCGCCUCGCCAUCGUUUCCCCUCUUCCCUCAAACCCUAACCUCCAACCCCCCCCUGAUUUCCAUCUCUUCACCUGGGAGCCGCCAUCACUCUAACCUGCAACCUGUCCGUUGCUGCACCAUCCCUGAGUCUUCCUCCACAGUAGAAAACCCUUCUUCAUCCAGGAUCUUCGUCAAAGGAUUAUCACGCACAACAUCUGAGGGAUAUUUGGCAAAGAUCUUUUCAUGCUUUGGAGAAGUUAGCAGAGUUAAAAUUGUUUCAAGCAAAACAUCUAAAGAGUCCUUGGGAUUGGCGUAUCUUUGGUUUGCUCGUGAGCAAGAUGCACGACGGGCUGUAAAAGAGAUGGAUGGAAAGUUUGUUGAUGGCAGAUUUAUUGCUGUUAUGAUGGCGAAGCCUGAAUCCCCUUCCAAGCAAGUGAGGGCCAUACCUUACCAAUUCUAACUCAAGUAUUCUACAUUUGUUCUAACUUCAGUUUAAACACAUCAUAGGCUUCCUUUUAUAUAACAAAAUAGAAAGAUUAAGUGGUUGCGGAAUGUUUGACUAUGUAAUAUAAGAUUAGCUGUCUCAGUUUCCGAUAUACAGCUUAUCAUAUUUGAAACAGAUGGUGGUUAUAUGUACAAAAAUUUUUUCUUGAAUUCUGUAAGCGUGCUUACUUUCAAGCUUAACUGAAACAUGUGCUUAUUAAUAGGCUUGAAAGGAUUUAACACAUACCUUUUUCUUGUGGUC